CAACAGCAUGCUGGCACUCACCGGAUGAUUGUUAGAGUAUAAUUUAGAUUAAUUGUGAAAUUGCCGAGUGAGAGGAAGAGAGGAACGGUUCUUACAAGCUAGCGUAAGGAAAGGUUGCUAGCUUUUGUUGUGCUGUUGACGACAACAUUAAGCGUCUCCCGCAAGGUUGGUCGAAAACAGUUUUCCAGGCUCGCUGACAUAGGUUAUUAAAGACAGCGGAUAUAUAACACUAUCUUAUCUAUGUAUGUUAAUAUAUUAACUUGUAACCCCCCUGUAUUCUCCGCAGACAUGCCCAGUUUAAAGCUCAAGUUCUCAACGCAAACCUUCAGACUGCAAAGGUUUAACGGAUAUCGAGUCCAUUCACAUGAAGCUAACGUUCAGUCAAUGAUAGUCAACCCGCAUUUCUAUUAUCAACUAAACUACCGUGGCCGUCAGAUAACGUCCAUUCAGAGAUGUAGGUGUAUUGAUUUAGGAGUUGAUUGGAGGGCGACAUUGUUUUUUCUGGAGGCUACGUUAGGUGUAGCGCUAAGUUAACUUAAAACAAUAUGUGAUUGUAAAUGAUCGCCUUGACAAUUAUUAAUCGGACAGAGGAGACUAAAACAAUGUAGACUGAAAGCUAGACCAAAUAAAUGUUUAAGUGCGUCACAAAUUAGAAUCGCGUCACAAAUUAGAAUGUUGAUUAACUAUUCAAGUUGUAAUAUGCUUUAUAACAUUGGCAUGAUAAUAGGGGGACAUGUAACAGUGGUGUUUCUUAAUUGGUUGUGAUACGUCUUUCUUUAAUGCUAAUAUUUCAAUGCAACUGCAGCAACAAACUGUAGGCAAUUGAUUAUCAUGGACACAAUUUGUCCUUAUAGUUGAUCCGAAACUGUGUGGUCUGCAGUAUCGACACAUGCCAAUUUAAACAUAACGUUUAUUCUGAUAAGCUGUGAGAAUCUUGUGGAUUCCUGUGAAACCAUUUGUCAAAAAGUGCAUUCUUCAGAGAGAGAGCGUGUAUAUUGUUUACUCGUUCGCUCUUGCUGGGCCUCUUUGCAGUGUUUCCUCUACAUUCUUUGAGGAGUGGUGCCCCUCACCGCCCCUGUGGUGGGAACUCUAAAUAAAGUAAAAUAAAAUUCAUCGUGGGCUUAUUGACACAAUCCAUCCUGAAAACAGUUUCCCAGCAGCUGUUGACUGUUCAAUUAUCAUAUUCCCACAGUAUUCAGAUAAUAUCUGUUUUUGGAAUAAUGCAUAAUGGAACUAAUGUGGAAUGGACCCAGUCAUCACCCUGGUUCAUACAACCCAAAUCUCCCCCUGACGUCUUCAAAAAUGUGUACAGGAAACACUGCCCUUUGUCUUUAGAACUAAUCCUGAUCCUGAAAGCAAAAGUAAACACAGUGGAAACCUCAUCAGCAACUGCCUGUUUUGAUUAGAUAGGUUUUAGGUUUACAUUGGAGGAGUCUCCUCAGUUUCCACCACCUACACACAUUGCUGUAGCCAGACACAACUUACCAUUCAUUCUUCAUGUAUUCGUCAUUCUCAAAGGCAGGAAACGCUGUUUGUCUUUAAUGUGUUUGUAGCUGACCGUUGGUACAGUUCUUGGUCUUGAGGGGAAGGUAAAUCAGAUCCUCUGUCAGAUGUUGCCCAAAUGUUGAUGUUGGCUCUCAAUGGUGCUUAACUACUUGAUUGAUUUACAAUAUUGAUUUUAAUAUGUGAAUGUAGUCGGGCUUACACUUGAGGCUACGUGGCCUGUUUCAUUUGAGGCUUCUCUGUGUAGCUUUCCAUCUGCUCACAUUAUUUGUUUGCCUUCUUUAUUUACCUUUGUUUAUGCUGCUUAGCUUUUGACUCAAACACACCCAAGCUGUAUACAUAAAAGCCUACUUGUGCAUUGUACUACCUGCCACAGCCGUUUAUCGCACCACCUGGUUAAUGGUAAAUUGUUCCAGAAGGAAGAUAUGUUUGCACAUAAACACGGACCCAGGGCCCCUGUGUUUACAGUAGUCAUGGCAGCACUAGGUUAUUCAACAAAUAGACCUAGCAUCUUCCUCUCUCACUUGUUGAAGAGAAUGUUUGUCUUGGUGGGUCGAGCUAUAACAGUGUAGUUCUUAAUUUUCAAUUCAGUUUUAACAUUCCAGACAAGUUAAGUUUCUUUAACAUAGUGACUGAAUACGUUAUUGGUUGAUUUGAGAGGCUGUCACAUAUAUUUUUAUCACCGUGUGAAUUAAAAGGCUUGUCAAACACACCCAGAUAUUUUGGUAUUGUUUAUUGCCUGUGCGUCAUGAUGUUGUACUGCUUUGUCUGGUUGGUUUCAUGUAAAUGUAUUUCCUUUCUCAGCUCAGUGAAGUCCAGAUGCAUGAGUCUGGGUCAGAACCAACAAGCCACAUCAUUCCAGCCAGUCACACAGAGAACGGGAAUAACUGUGAGAAUGAGAGUCGAGUGAGGAGCAGCCAGACUCCUCCUCCAGAGGCACCGAGGGUUCCAGUAUCAUUACCUAUGAUGACCCCACCAGCAGAGGCUCCUCAGCAGUUGCAACAGACACCACAGCAGCAGGUCCUCAGUCCUCAGCAGCUCCAAGCGCUGCUCCAGCAGCAAAAAGCACUCAUGUUACACCAGCAACAAAUUCAGGAGGUCUUCAAGAAUCAGCAAGAGCAGCUAAAUAUUCAGCUGCUGCAACAGAAGAAUGCUGGGAUUGUUAGUCAAGAGCUGACGGCCCAGCAGAUUGCCAUCCAGCAGCAGCUUCUUCAGGUGCAGCAGCAACAUCUCCUCAACCUGCAGAGACAAGGCCUGCUGUCUGUCCUCCCCACCAGCCCCAUGGCACUCACAGGCUGUGAGAAUGGCAGCAUCCUGUCUGCUGGUGGAGACGCCAGAGAGUCCUCCAGUCAACAAUCUACCACCAACGGCCAUCACGCUCUCCUGAAGAGGACAGAAAGAGGGUCGCUGGAUGAAAACACACAGAAUAGCCAUGCACUGUAUGGAAAUGGGAUGUGUAAAUGGCCUGGCUGUGAAACUGUCUUUGGAGACUUUCAGGCAUUUCUCAAACAUUUGAACAGUGAACAUACACUGGAUGACAAGAGCACGGCGCAGUGCCGUGUGCAGAUGCAAGUGGUUCAGCAGUUGGAACUGCAGUUGAGAAAGGACAAAGAGCGACUGCAAGCUAUGAUGGCUCAUCUGAAGUCCUCUGAACCCAAACCCGCAGCACAGCCUGUGAAUCUGGUGUCGAAUGUGUCCUUCUCUCAGGCAACAUUGCCCAAAGCCUCGCCUCCUAUGAGUUUGUCUCAGAGCGCUACGGCUCCAUCCACACCCAUGACGCCACUCUCUGAAUCCCCUUCAGUCCUCACUCCCAAUAGCAUGUUCACUGGAGCCCCUGUGCGGCGGCGAUAUAGUCGCUCAGUGAGCCAAGGUAACGAUAUAGUUGAUAAUAAGGAGUUCUACUUGAGCACAGAAGUUAGACCUCCAUUUACAUAUGCGUCUCUCAUAAGACAGGCGAUAUUUGAAUCACCUCGCAAUCAGCUGACAUUAAAUGAAAUCUACAACUGGUUCACAAGAAACUUUGCAUAUUUCAGGCGCAAUGCAGCUACCUGGAAGAAUGCCGUCAGACAUAAUCUCAGCCUCCAUAAAUGCUUUCUACGUUUGGAGAAUGUGAAGGGAGCUGUGUGGACAGUUGAUGAGAUUGAGUUCCACAGGAGAAGGCCCCAGAAGACUGCCGGUAGCGGGUCUCUGCUGAAGAACUCACAGAACCAUCAGAGCUUAGCCGGGUCUGCUCCUCAGAGUGGUGGUCUAGACGGCAACAACUCUCUCUACAACCCGGCCUUCAUGGGCAGCAUCCCAUUUCACUCCCUGCCCCAUGUUCUCCAGGAGCAGAUGAACGGAGCCCUUGCUAAUGGAUCUGGAUACCAAAGUGACAGCAGUGCAACACAGUCCCCUCCUCAAGCUUUCAUUAAAGAGGAACAGGAGGACGAGGAGAUUUGUGAAGGUUAUCCCUAUGAAUCCCCGGAGAGCACAGACGAGCAUGGCCACAGCCCAGAGAUGAACCACGAUGAGGACAACGGCAGCCCGGAGAGGCACAACCUUCACAUCGACCGCGUGCCUUCUCUCUGACCAUGAGGCCCAAGUUCUCCACUGCAAGGCCGCCUCACUCACAGCCUGUGUGACUUUGUAUUCCAAAAGUUUCCUAAAACAACCG